AUGGCACUUACGUACCGUGGGAUAUACAAGUUCAAGCCUAUCAGCGCUGAUAGGGACGAGAUCCGGAUAGUGAAGCUUCUUCCUGGGGUUAGAGGUGAUCCUAUCAAGGUCACGCUGAGUACUGAAUCUUUCCACCCGGAACAUGAGGACGCUUACACAUCUUCAUCUCAGGACUUUGACGAAUCGUCUAGCACCACUGACGAAGUCAGUUCUGGCAGUCGAAUGUCUGCCGAGGAUCAAUCCAAUCGAACGGCUGAAGACGACAGGGAGACAGAACACGAUCUUUCCAGCGAUCUCCACAACUUUCAAACUGCACCUGGCAGCUGCGAAAUAGGUCGAGCAUCAGGCGAGAUUGGUCACACAACUGGCGACCACCGGGAACACGAAGAUGAAGAUGCUGAGUCUAUGCUCGGAAGCGACAAGUCUGAGGCAGUGUAUCCUACAAGUUCCGACCGCUAUGCCGGUGUCCCUAAGUAUGAGGCCAUUUCUUAUGCUUGGGGCUCGCCUUUGGAUAGGACUGCAAUUGCGAUUGUGGAUGCCGAAGAUUACCGGAGUCUUGGAGUCACUUGCAACUGUGCCGAAGCUUUGCGGUACCUGCGUUACCCGGACAGGAGCCGCUCUCUUUGGGUUGAUGCCAUCUGUAUUGAUCAAGGGCUUUCUGAAGCGUCUCUUACUGAACGAGCGCGCCAAGUCGCUAUAAUGGUAAAGAUCUUCAGAUUCGCGGAGAGAGUCGUCGCAUGGCUUGGACCCUCCUUACUAGGAGACGAAAUUGUUAAGAAUUGGGUCGAGGCAGUCCAUUCGAACAUGAAAUACGACGACAUUACUCCCGGCGCUGUGCCUCGCACUUCUGGCUCGAUAUGGAGUGAUUUACGUAGGGCUAACAUCACGAGAGAAGAGUCGACUGCCCUUUCCGGCUACAUAACUCGGGCGUGGUAA